GGGGCGGAUCUGAUGGUGAACAGAGGCGCUUUAUUGAUUUUGGAGGAUUGUUUGGACCUUGUUGUUUUGAAGGAUAUUGGGAUUUGUUGCGUCGGCGGCGGUGAUUGUUUGAAUUUGGGGAGGUUGAAAGGGGGGAAAAGGAGGAUAGUGGAGGAGAGGGUCGGCGGUGGAGGAAUAUGCAGCUGCACUUCUCACCUAGCAUGAGAAGUAUAACGAUUUCAUCAAACAACAGUGGAGGAAAUGGAAAUGGAGGUGGAGAUUUGAUGAAGAUCAAGGUCGCAGCUCGCCACGUUUCGUAUCGCACGCUGUUCCACAGCAUUCUGAUUCUCGCGUUUUUGUUGCCGUUUGCGUUCAUUCUAACGGCUCUUGUCACCCUUGAAGGUGUCAACAAGUGCUCGUCGAUUGAUUGUUUAGGACGUCGGUUAGGACCAAAGCUUCUUGGUAGAUCCAAUGAUUCAGGGAGGAUGGUGAAGGACUUUGUUAAGAUUUUGAAUCAAGUAAACUCUGAGAAAGUCCCUGACACUUUGAAGAUCCCAGAAUCUUAUAAUCAGCUUCUUUCUGAAAUGAAAAACAACAAGUACAGUACAAAGGACUUUGCCCUGAUUCUAAAAGGGAUGAUGGAGAGAUCUGAAAGGGAUAUAAGGCAGUCCAAGUUCGCCGAGCUUAUGAAUAAACACUUUGCAGCUAGUGCCAUACCAAAGAGUAUUCAUUGCCUUUCACUGAGGCUGACUGAUGAGUAUUCUUCCAAUGCUCAUGCACGCAGGCAGUUACCUGCUCCGGAGUUACUUCCUUUGCUCUCUGACAACUCCUACCAUCACUUUGUGUUAUCCACAGACAACAUUCUUGCUGCUGCAGUUGUUGUAACAUCUGCUGUGCAGAAUUCUGCAAACCCUGAAAAGAUAGUUUUCCAUGUGAUAACUGACAAGAAGACUUAUGCUGGCAUGCAUUCAUGGUUUGCCCUUCAUCCUUUGCCUCCUGCUAUAGUUGAAGUAAAAGGUGUACAUCAGUUUGAUUGGUUAACAAGAGAGAAUGUUCCAGUUCUUGAAGCUGUGGAAAACCACUAUGGUAUUAGGAAUUACUACCAUGGGAAUCACAUUGCUGGGGCCAAUCUUAGUGAUACGACCCCACGAACAUUUGCAUCCAAAUUACAGGCUAGAAGUCCAAAGUACAUAUCAUUGCUUAACCAUCUCCGCAUAUAUCUCCCAGAGCUAUUCCCGAACCUUGAUAAAGUGGUUUUCCUGGAUGAUGAUAUUGUAAUUCAACGAGAUCUGUCUCCUCUCUGGGAAAUUGACCUUAAUGGAAAAGUAAAUGGAGCUGUUGAAACUUGUAAAGGUGAGGAUGAGUGGGUUAUGUCCAAGCGACUCAGGAACUAUUUCAACUUCUCUCAUCCACUUAUAGCAAAGAACUUAAAUCCGGAUGACUGUGCAUGGGCAUAUGGGAUGAAUAUUUUUGACUUGCAUCAGUGGAGAAAGACAAAUAUUAGAGAUACUUAUCACUCCUGGCUUAAAGAGAAUCUUAAGUCAAACCUCACGUUAUGGAAACUUGGAACUCUUCCCCCAGCUUUGAUUGCUUUCAAGGGUCAUGUUCAUCCAAUCGAUCCUUCCUGGCACAUGCUUGGGUUGGGCUAUCAGAACAAGACAAAUAUUGAAAAUGUGAAAAAGGCAGCCGUGAUCCACUACAACGGCCAGUCAAAACCAUGGUUGGAGAUUGGAUUUGAGCAUCUCCGACCAUUCUGGACAAAAUACGUAAACUACUCUAGCGAUUUCGUAAGGAACUGCCACAUCUUGGAGUAGUAAUGACACCAAACAUGCACCAAGGAAAUCAUGGGAAAAAAAAGAUGGAGGGAACUGCCACAUCUUUGGCAGGUAAUAUUUAUCAAUUCAUGAUUAAAUGAGAAAGAAACUGGGGAUUUAGGUGAAUCUCAGAACGCAUUCACAAUGUGGCCAGACAUGAGACCCACGUUUUUGUUUGAUUCGCCCCAGUCCUUGAAGCAGAGGAUUGUAUUACAAAUCGAGGGAUGAGAUUCAUUCUUCCAGUAUGUAAAGUAGCAUUCGUUGAUAUAUUUUUGGUUGGAUAAAGGACAUGAUAUUAUUUUUGCAUAUCCAUACAGGGGUGUCACCCAUGUUUUAGAUAGUCGAAGGGAAUAGUUGGUAUAUGCUCUGGUCCAUUGCUUGAUAGGACUGAGCUAAGAUGCAUUAAAUCUCGAGGCUCCUACUACGGCCCCAAUAGACGUAAAGACGACACUUUCCUCUUGUUUCAGUUUCCAUUUUUCUGUUCAGAUUUUUGCUGAAAGGCUUUUCAAAAUCAUGUAUUUCUUUGUAUGAACUAUGAACCUGUCCAAACAUUAUAUAGAUUAUUCUUUCAUCAUAUUUACUUUUUAA